AUGGUUCAGUUUGCUAAGAAGCUGGCAGCGGCGCAGAAACCGGAGUGGAAAGGACAUUACCUUGAAUACAAGCAGCUGAAGAAGAAGCUACGUGAAGUAUUAGAGGCUCAACGCAAUGAAACACGCAAAGAGCAAGAGAAUUUUAAACAUGCGCUGGACUCGGAGGUUGAGCGUGUGGUGCUUUUCUUCCUCACGAAGCAGGGUGAGUUUGCCACGACAUUACAGGGACUGCGUCUGCAGCAGAUGGAGCUCGAGUCUGGUGACCUAGAGGCCGUGCACGCUAUAUCUGAUAUGUACCGACACGUUGGAGAUGAGCUGGUGAAUCUGCUGCAGUUUGUGGAGCUCAAUGCUACUGGCAUUCGCAAAAUUCUCAAAAAGCAUGACAAGUCGUUAAAAGAGCACAAAAUUAUGGGCUCGUACCUUUCGUCCCGUACAGAUUCGCAGGCUUCGCAUUUGCAGCAAUUGUACCAUGAUGAAGGCAUUUCUGCAAUUAUUGCGAGUAUUCGCGCCGCGCUGACCAAGUUGCGCAAACUCGAGGUUCAGGUGGCAGCAGAAGCUACAAAAAAUAUAUUAACGAAAACAAUAUCUGAGGAUGAGCCUGUGUUAAAUCGUAUCGGUCAAGCACGUCGUAGACUUCACAAGUCGACACAAUAUGUAAAAGCUGUCGCUGCGCGUUCUUUAAUUUUUGACUCGGAAUACUCGGAAGACGAAGAUGAAACGUACGAUAUGCUGAAGCGUCUAAAACAGGCUUCAAAACCUUCUCGUCUGCUCAAUAUGCUUAAUACGUUCUUGUAUAUGACUAAUUACUACAUUGUGGCUCCUACAAGUGGCAAGUAUGCCGCUGAGCUGGGCGCUGAAGCAUCGAUGAGUGGUGUGAUCGUUGGUAUGACGCCUGUUGCAUCUCUUGCAAGUGCCGUGCUGUACAGCUGGUGGGCCAAUCGAUCGUAUAAAGCUUCAUUAUCUUUUGCCACCGUCUGUCUGAUGUUAGGCAAUUUGCUGUACGGUAUGGCGCUGUCAUAUGACAGCGUCGCAAUGGCAUUGGCUGGUCGGAUGCUGAAUGGCUUUGGAGGUGCUCGUGCGAUCAAUCGUCGGUAUAUUGCAGAUAAUUAUUCUAGGGAAGAACGUACACAAGCAUCGGCAAUGUUUGUCACUGCUAGUGCACUAGGUAUGGCUGCAGGACCUGCACUUGCUGCUGCUCUCCAUUAUCUUCCUGAUCUAAAGGCUGCUGGCAUUGUAAUUACUACUGAAACAGCGCCAGGAUGGGUUAUGUUUGCGCUUUGGACUUUGUAUCUUGUUGCUUUAUUGGUCUGGUUCAAAGAGCCUAACCGAUUGGAAAGGGAACGUUUUCUGGAGAGCCGACGAUCGAUGCUUGAAAAUGGAUUAAUUAGCUCGAGCAUUGUAGAAGUAGCAGCCCAACUGAAGGAGACGACGCCGUUGAUGGCGCGAUCUCAUUCAAUUACCCCCCCUCCGCCUCUUAUAUCACUUUGGCACAAUGUAUCGGUUGUGGCGUCUCUAUUCAUUUACAUCGUGCUCAAGCUGGUGUUGGAGUGCUUGAUUACGGCCAGCUCAACAAUUGCAAUGUAUUACUUUCAUUGGGGUUCGACAAAUAAUGGAUUGUACCUGGCUGCGUUAGGGUUGCUCAUGUUUCCGACCAAUAUGGUGGUCGGUUGGAUGACUUUCCGUUAUGAAGAUCGAGAAAUAAUUAUGCUCUCAGAGGCUGCCAUGUUUGUUGGAGUUGGCGUUAUCAUCAAUUAUGGUCACUAUUCCGUCGCGCAAUUUGUCGUUGGAGGCGUGAUUAUUUUUAUCUCUACCAAUGUACUAGAGGGUGUCAACAUGUCGUUGCUGUCCAAGACAAUACCGAAGUCUUUUGCAAAGGGAACUUUUAACUCUGGCUUAUUAGCGACCGAAGCUGGCACCUUCGGACGAGCUAUUGGUGAUAUUGCAAUCACUCUAGUAGGUUUACCUGGGAUUCAGUAUGUGCUCAACUACACGUUUGCACCGCUCUCCGCAAUCUCACUUCUAACAAUUCUUUACACGUCCCGCGUGUACCAUAAGCUUGCCACUGACGACUGA